GCUUAACGGUCGUUCUCUCCCCACCGUUCUCCGUCUUCCUUUUUCUACCGCUCUCGAGUCACGUGCAUUCCGCGCUCUCUCCUUUUCUCUUUCCCUCUCUCUCUCUCUCUCUCUCGCUGCACGCUCGCUCUCGCUCUUUCUCUCUCUCUCUCUCUCUUCCUCUCUGCCCGUCCGUCUAACAACAGCAAUGGAGCCUGCGAGUGGACAAAAGGUCGGUGAGAUUUUCACCGCGGCCGGAGCUGCCUUCAACAAGCUCGGCGAGCUGACGAUGCAACUGCAUCCAACGACGGACUCACCGGCAGGUAAAUGGACUGACGAGGAAAUUGAGAUGCUCCGUCACUCGGUAAAGACCUUCAGCGAAGACUUGAACAAAAUAAGCGAACACAUCAAGGGACGAACGGUCUCGCAGAUUCGGACAACGUUGAAGAAGAAAGCGUUCGAGGAAGCGGGUGUGCCGAUAAGACAGCAAACUCAACAGUCUACGGUGGUGCAACAGCAGGGAUCCAAACAACAGCAGAGCGGCGGUAAUCAAGGUCUGAUCGGAAAGUCCGCGGAAGUUACAUUGAAUAUGUUAAAUGCACCCGAAUCGGAGGUGGACGUCGAAGGACUGCCCGAGGAUUGUCAAGUGAAGCUCGAAUUCGAAGGUGCCACGGAAGAGGUAGCUUCCUAACUUUCCACGACGUAUUAUCCACGCUCAUUAUUUUAACCUACGAGUCGGAAGCGAAGCUGCGAUCGAUCUUGUACGCUCGAUUGGGCCGAGUCCGAAGCGAAUACGAUAAAAAGAUCUUUUUCAAAUAAACUUUAUCGAAAAAAAAAAAAAAA